UUUGCAGAUUGUCCCUUUCAGUUUCUCUCUUCUUAUUGGCUAUCACUUUCCACAUAAGAUAAGAAAAACAACUAUACUUUGGCCGCAGCAGCGCCCACAAUCUCCAUUUUCACCAAUCACAACUCAGCAGCUUUGACCUCUCUCUCUCUCUCUCUCUCUCUCUCUCUCUCUGUCUCUCUCUCCCUCUCUCCCUCUCUCCCUCCUCAUUCUCUGUUUUAUAGAUAUAAGCAGUACAAAGUAAACUCCAAGGAGUUGGCAUAUUUCUAUUCAUUUCUUUCACGCAUUCUCUGUUUGGUCUCUUUGCUUUUGCUUUACCCUGGAACGGAAAUGUAAAAGCUAAAGAUUUCCCACUUUUAACACUCCAAUUCUUUAGAAGCUCUCUGUUUUAUUUUGUUUUUGUUCUCCGUUCAUGGAUUUAAAGUGUUUUUCCAGCUUUAAUUUGUUAAUCUAUGAUUUGGCUUUUUGAAUUUUGAUCUGUAUAUAGAUUUCCUUGUUUAAAUUUGUUGUUGUAUGUGAUUUUGGAUCUGCUAUGGAUGUCUAGGGCUAUGGAUCUGUUUUUUUUUUUAAUUAUUUUUCCUACUAUUUCUGGAAUUUUACUUGGGUUUUAGAAAGUUACACUUUUUGAGAUUCUUCAAUCUAAUCUUAUGUGAAUAAGGGUACUCAGAUUCGAUUUAAAUGGUCUCAUGAUUUGAUACUUCUUUGUUCAUUUAAAACAGCCACUUCUCUGCAUUUUUCUAUCUUGGUUUUUCUCUCUCUUUGAACAUUUCAUUCAAAGAGGGAGAAAAGAAAAGUCUUUUGUGUACGGAAUCAUCUUUGGCAGUUACACAACUCGAAAAAAAAAAAGUUAUGAUGAAUAGGGGACUUGAAAUUCUUUCUCCAUCCUCUUAUUUACAGACUUCCAAUUGGUUGUUUCAAGAGAGCAAAGGUACAAAAUGGACUCCUGAAGAGAACAAGUGUUUCGAAAAUGCUCUGGCUUUAUAUGAUAAAGACACCCCUGACCGAUGGUUUAAGGUGGCAGCUAUGAUUCCUGGAAAAACAGUUGCAGAUGUGAUCAAACAGUACAGAGAAUUGGAAGAGGAUGUGAGUGAUAUAGAGGCAGGGCUGAUACCAAUUCCUGGGUAUAGCAGUGAUUCUUUUACAUUGGAGUGGUUUAAUGAUAGUCAGGGCUUUGAUGGAUUUAGACACUAUUACACUCCAGGUGGAAAAAGAGGGACAGGGACUCGACCUUCUGAUCAUGAAAGGAAGAAAGGGGUGCCAUGGACUGAAGAAGAACACAGGCAAUUUCUAAUGGGUCUUAAAAAGUAUGGUAAAGGGGAUUGGAGAAAUAUUUCACGCAAUUUCGUGACGACUAGAACACCAACUCAGGUGGCAAGUCAUGCUCAAAAAUACUUCAUCAGGCAGCUGACCGGAGGGAAGGAUAAGAGGAGGUCCAGUAUCCAUGAUAUCACAACAGUUAACAUCCCUGAUACGCCCUCGUCUUCACCAGAUCACGGCAAGCCUUUGUCUCCAAAUAAUUCUCCUGCAGUCAUACAUUCACAGGAGCCACCAAAAGUAGCCGGGCUAACAACUAAAGAGCUAUUUGAUUUUGAAUUGAAGCAACAAAAUGAAGGAGCAGCUAUGGUUUUCAACCAGGCGAGUAGUGGUAAUGCCUUCCUGUCCCCUUUCUGUGGGAUUUCUUCAUAUGGAACCAAGCUGGAGGAACAAAAUUUGCUGAGAGGAACUCUUCCCAGAUCUCAAUUUGGAUCUUACAACACUCUUUUCCAGAUGCAGUCAAUUCAACGUCAGUAAAUUCAUUGGUAAAGUGGGAAGAGUUCUCUGAAGGUAUUAUUAUUAAUUAAUGAGAUGAAGAUCGAGCCUACCAGUGAUGUCAGCUAGCUUUGUCCGUGCCGCAUGUGUAUAUGUUGAAGAUGCAAAUUAGUCCAUAGUUAUCACUCUUAAGAGAGAUUAGUUAGGUGGUUUGUGAUUUAUCGUUCAAAUUCUGGACCAUUGAACCAAAAAGGAAGCUUAUUACAUGAAGCUUGGGGCUUUAAACUUUU